AUGGAAUCGUACAUUCGCGAGAGUAAGAAGCUAACUUAUAAGAGUAGCAAAGGAAAGAAACUGCUGAGAUAUGUGGAUAUAUCACUAAACAAUAAAUCAUUGCAUGAUAGCCAUAUCAUAGAAUUAGUGAAGAUUUUAAAAAAGAAUAUAAAAAUUGUUUACAAUAAUUAUUACUGCUUGAAUAUCGAUUUAAGUGAAAAUCACAUAACGUGCACAGGAUUAAAAAGCUUACUGAAAUAUAUUUUAAAUUAUAAUGAGAAUAUUGGAAUUCAUAUUUUGAAAUUGUAUAAGAAUAAUAUAAAGGAUGAUGGUGUAUCAUUGAUUAAACAAUUAAUAUACAUUCAGAAAAUCCCGAUGGAAGAAUUACAUUUGUCGCAUAAUUUUAUUCAAGAUAAUACAUGUAAAGAGUUAUUGUUAAGUUUUGUUCAGGCAAAAAAAGAAAGUAAUUAUGUAUACCCGAGAUAUGAGAAAUAUCAAAACACGUAUAAACCUGUACAAAUACCUGUAUGGAUUAGAUUAGAAUAUAAUUGUAUUCAAAACCCAAAGGAAAUAUUAAAAGAAGUGGAAGAUUUUGCUAGAAAAAAGAGAGGUUACAAAAGUAAUUUAAUUAUUUGUGCAGCUUUGAGGAGUGAUAAAAGGUGCUGUCCGUAUAAAUGUUUGAAUGCUACUGUUAGAAAUACUCCUAUUAUGCAUGUAUACAUGUUUAUACAUCAAAAGGAGAAUCCUUGCCUUCAAUUGUUAUCAUCUACCAAUGGAAAAUUCAUAAAAGAAGAAAAAAAGAGAGAAUUUCAUUCUCCAUCGGAUGUUGCAGUAGUGGAUUCUGAUCGAUCCCAUCAAAUCUCCAAAUUGGAUAAUAAGAACCUCGAUUCAGACAUUCCACCUAAGAAUGAACAAACUGUUGAAACGAGAAGUAAUACUGUAACUGCAGGAGGGGAAGCAGCAACAGCAGCAGCAGGAGGAGGAGGAGGGGUGAAAUGUGUACAAUCCAAAAAUAACUCUGUCAUCAAAAAUGGAUUAAAAAUUAAUACAAAAAGUAGCACCACCAAAUCAGGUGAUCUUCAUACAGGAAUUGUUUCUAAAAAAAACAAAUCGAAGGGCCAUGGGAAUGAUAGAAGUGGAAGCAAAAUUGGUAAGAAAAGAGGAGCAAUGAAGACAUCAAAACGGAGAAUCGAAGCGGAUCUUCUGAAUGACAUGAGUCUCGAUGAGGAGGAAGACGAAGAAGAGGAGCAGGAAGAAGAAGAAGAUGAAGAGGAGGAGGAGGAGGAGGAGGAGGAAGAUGAAGAGGAUGAGAACGACGAUGAUGAAAACGACGAUGAUGAGGAUGACGACGAUGAGGACGACGAUGAUGAUUAUUCAGAUGAGGAAGAAGACGAUGACGAUGAUGAAGAUGAUGACGAUGACGAAGAAGAUGACGAGGAUGAAUACAAUUAUAAAGGUCGUAAAACAUUUAUGACAGAUCUUAGUAAAAUUCACAAAGAAAAAGGGAAGAAAAGUGAAAAGGUUCUAGAUUCUUCCACCCAUUAUGUAAAGAAAAAGGGAACCCCACAAGGGGUAGAUCCAAAUAUAGGUCAGGGAAAGCUUGAAGACGAGGAUGAAGGAGGAGAAGGAGGAAAGCUUGGUAUACUAGGCCGUAGUAAGAAGAAGAAAAAGAAAAAAAAGAAAAAGGAAAAAGGGGAAAAUUAUAAGAAAGAUGUGAGAAACUUGGACAAUAAUAAUGAUAAUGGUGUGAAUGAGAAAAAUAAGAUCGAAAACAAUAAGGAUAUUUCAAAAAGGAAAAACAGUCAUGAGGAGAAAGAAACUCUGAGCAGUUGCAACAAUCGCGACAGCCCAGCUAGCGAAUCUGUUAAUUUCGAUGGAGUACUUAGUGAUCCUGCAUCUGCCAUGUACGGCAAAGAAAAGGAACACGUGGAUUUAUUAAAUGAUAGUGUUAGUAAUUUACCACUUUACAUUAUUUUGGAUUGUAGUGCAGUAUUGGAUAUGAAGGAGCUUUGGAAAGAUAAGUUAUUUCUACCGUUCAGUUUCCCAGGCCUUCUUUAUAUGUACAAUAAUAAAUUGUUGAAAAGUAACAUCGAGAGGGCUAAGGAAAGUGCACGAGGAAGAGAUAUUUCAGAAGAAGUUGAGGAAAUGGAAGAAGGGGAAAAUGCAAAGCAGGUUGAGAUGGACGAAGUGCUGAAAGAAUCUCAAAAUGGCCACAUCAGAAAACAUUCCAAAGGGAGAAGAAUCGGAGCAGGAGGAAAUGUUUUUUCCCCCUGUGUUAGUGGUGGUGACAGCAGCGUUAGGAGCGAGGUAUGUGAAAAUGACACGUUCAUCUGCUUAAUGUGCAGUUAUGUAGCGAAUGAACUAAAGAUGGUAUGUCAGAAAAGUGAAAUUAUAAGACAGAAAAUGGUUAGUCUGAAGCUGAAUAUAUGGGAUAAGCUAUCCGAAUUGGGAAUAAUUGAAUUUUUAAGUGUACCAAAAGAUUUUAAGGAAAAAAAGAAAAAUUUUUUAAAUUCCUCUUUUUUAACAGAAGCACAAAUAAAACUAGCAAAUGAAUAUUAUGAUAUUUCACAAGAAACAUUACAAAUGAUUCAAUUUGCAAUUCUGUGGUCAACGUAUAUUUACAAAAUUGGAAAUAAAGAAAUCAUAAUUAAAAGUGAUGCAAAAGAAAUAAACAAGACAGAUGUGAAGAAAAGUAAAAAAACAAUUUUUACAGAAGUUCUAUAUUUGACAUCUUCUCCAAAUAUUUAUUCAUACUUUGAACAUUUGUAUGAAGAGGAUAUCAAUUUGAUUCUCCCUCUCUGUGUAACUGUUAAUCAGAUAAAUAAUUAUAUACAAAAUGAACAUGGUUACAUCGUUGAUUUAUUAACAAAUGAUAAAGCAGCAGUAGAUCCUAAGAAUGUUAACUUUAAUUUGAAUAAAUCCUUUUUUAAAAAAUUUGUAAAAGACAAAUAUUCCAAAUAUUUGACAGAUGAUAGUAAUGCGUACGACACAUCAAUUAGAGGACAGGUAGUAGCACCUUCAGGGAUGGUGGUAGCAUCUGGUGCUGGUAAUGCAACACCGAUUGCUGUGGGCACUGCAAUACCUGGUUGCAUGGAAGAACAAAGUAAGAAAAAAAAAGUGACAGAUGUGUUAGGAGAAAAUGGAAGAAAAAAAAAGGAUUAUGAAUUUAGUUCGUCCAUGAGGAAGAACACAGAGAAAUCAAAAUAUGGAAUGACAAUAAUGCAUGAAAAUAAUACCUCAGAGCACUUCAUGAUUCAUAGUGUUGAUGCAAAAGUGAAAAAGAAAAAAAAUUCCAUAGGUGGUGGUGGUGGGGGAAGCAUCAGUAGCAAUCGAAGCGGUCAUCAAAGUGGGAAUAAAAAAGGAAUUUCAUCUGGAGAUGUUCAUAAAAAUGGAAAGUUUAUUCCAGAACGGAAUAGAAAUGGAAACGAGUAUAUUAUGAACAAUUGUCCCAGUGAUAGACUUGUCUCAGGAGUAGUGGGGGUUCCUGAUGAACCCUACAUGAAGAAUAACACAAGUGACAUCUUUGACAUUAAAUCUGUGAAAUCUUUUUCUAAUGAAAAUAUCCUUAAAUUAUGUCAAUUGGAGAAUAAUACUAUAUCUAUUAUGAAACCUCCUCAUAUCGGGAUUAUGAUGGGAAAAGGAGAGGAUGAACUUGAAAAGAAGAGGUUGGAGGAAUCAUGUUCAUAUCACAAGAUGGAGGAGGAAUAUAAAAAUGAACCAAUGUUAAACACUCUAGAAGGAAAUGUAAUAAAAGAAGAAGGAAUUGGGAAUGCAAAACAGCAGCAUUUUAAUCUCCCUCAGAGAGGAGCAGAUGGUAAUAAUGAUAGAAGCAAUGAUGACAAUGCUGCUGUGUGCAUGUCGAACAUAGGAAUGAAGAACAAUAAUGAUGAUAUGGAUUGUAAUGUCGAGAGGGAUGAUGGCCGCAUCCAUGGUGAUGGCUUAAAAAAUGGUAAAAAAAGUAAUGUCUCUAUUAUGUAUGCAUCUACCAUUGAAAAUAAGCUUAUGAAUGAUGUUAAUAUGGUGAAGAAUAACUUUCCCAAUGCUGUUGUUUCCACAGCAUCACAUAUUGAAAGUUGCAUAGAGAAGGAUGGUGCAAAUGUAACUAAUCUACAAAAAUCCAAAGGAGGAAAAUUGAGUAUUUAUAAUAUGUUGGUUAAUGCAUUUAAUGGGAAGAAAAAAAAUGUGCAAAGAGAAAUUGAUAUGGAAAACACUACAAUCGAUAGGAGUAAUAAUAAUCAUAGUCUGAAUUCACAUAACGGAGGAACUACUACUAAUAACGGUAAGGAUAGCGGUUAUCUUGUUUGCAACAAUGCUAGUGCAGCAUCUACCAAUUUUCAACCAGGACCCAUGGGUUCAAGGGUGGCAAACAAUAGCAAUGAUGAAAGCAUCAGUGAAACGGGACUUAUGCAUGCACAGAUGUUAAAUAAUGACAAAUCAAAUAUGGCAAGCGAUAAGCACAAGGACAAGCUGAUUAACGAUGGUAGUAACAUCAACAUGGGUAACAACAAUAAUAAUGGCAGGAGCAGUAAAAAGAUACUGGUAGAUGAGGGAGAAUUCCCCAAUGAAACAGUGACUGGUUGUGGUGGUGCAGUGACGACACAUGUUUCGAACCUUACAAAUGACAAAAGGGUGCACGCAAACAAUAACAGUGGCAGUAACAGUGGCAGUAACAGUGGCAGUAACAGUGGCAGUAACAGUGGCAAUAACAGUGGCAAUAACAGUGGCAAUAACAGUGGCAAUAACAGUGGCAUUAAUUUUAAUAGGAACAAUUUUAAUAAGAAUAAGAAGAGUGGAAAUUCUAUUCAUGUCGAAUCCAAUUUGUUAUUAAAUCACAACAAGGCUAUGCUGAACGGUUCACUGCCAGGCGAAAAGGGUGACCUAUCCUAUUCCUCCCAAAUGGGUAUUGGAGGGAUUGGCAAUGGAAAAAUCAAUGAACCCAAAAGGAGUGAACCCCAAACCAGUGAAUCUAAAAUAAAUGAAUCCAGAACCAAAGAUGGAGGAAUAGCUACAAUCAUGAAGAGGAACGACGAAAUUGAUACAAAUGUUUUGGUUGGUGGAAAUUUCCUUUUUAAUGCCUCAAGUGUGGGAGCAGAAGGCAGUGUUGGAAAUGCUGGAAGUGCUGGAAAUGUUGGAAGUGCUGGAAAUGUUGGAAGUGCUGGAAAUGUUGGAAGUGUUGGAAAUGUUGGAAGUGUUGGAAGUGUUGGAAAUGUUGAAAGUGUUGGAAAUGUUGGAAGUGUUGGAAAUGUUGGAAGUGUUGGAAAUGUUGGAAAUAUUGGAAGUGCCGGAAAUUGCAAAGAAACAUCGAAAAAAAAAGGAAUAGAGAGCACACAAAUGGGUUAUGAGUCCUUAAAUGCAAAUGAAAUGGAAUUAAACACCUUGAGAGGUAGUAUGCCAAAGAGCUUCAAUGACAGUCUAAGUAUGUAUCUUGAGAGUAGUAAUAAGAACAAUAGCUGCUAUGAAAAUAUGAUUCCAUUUUUUAAUCAGAAUUUGUUGAAAGACGAAUUCGAAAACAAUUUUAUAACCUCUAGUAAUAACAAGGCAUCAGAAAGUGAGCAAGAAAAUAAAUUCAAUCAAUUAAAAAAUAUAUACGACAAGUACAAAGUAGAUAUCAUGAACACUUCUCUCUUGCUGGAAGAAAUGAUUUUGAAUCAAAAUGUAUGCAAGUAUAUCCCAUCCGAAUUGUAUAACAAAAUUUUGAAGUGUUAUGAGAGACUGGAUUGUCUCUUGUCUGGCCUCAAUGGGAUUGGAACAACAGGACCUUUUGGAGGGAUUGGCGCUGCGAGGGAGUUGAGUACUGUGGGUAACCUGAACGGGUUGAGCGAUCUGAACGGGUUCAGUAAUUUGAACGGGAUGAGUGACCUGAACGGGAUGAGUGACCUGAACGGGAUGAGCGAUAUGAACGGAUUGGCUGGUUUGAAUGGAUUGGCUGGUUUGAACGGAUUGGCUGGUUUGAACGGAUUGGCUGGUUUGAACGGAUUGGCUGGUUUGAACGGAUUGGCUGGUUUGAACGGAUUGAUUGAUCUGAACGGUUUGAGCAACUUGAAUGGACCGAAUGGACCGAAUCAAGAUGUUUUAUACGAAGAUUUCAAAAAUUAUUGGGACGAUGCUUUUUCAAAGGAUGAAUCUAACACAAAGACCUUAGGAGGCAGAGAUCGAUUGAUGAAUGGGAGCUCGAAAAUGAACUUUAGAGGAGCAGAUGUUAGCGAAGCAGGAGGUGCAUACACGGGUUCAGGUUCAGGCGCACUUAUGACGCAUCCAGAUUUUCUGGAAAAGACAACGAAUGGAAGUAGCAAUAAAAAUAACACAGCUGUGAAUAGCAUGUUUUACAACACGAUAAAUGGAAAUAGAGGAAUUAACUCCGUUAGGGGAUUGAAUUGUAGUGCAUUGAAGAGUGGCCUUAUGAGUGCCAGCAGUAGUGACGCAAUCAGUGGAGCUGGCACAAUCAGUGGCAGUGGAGUUAAUAUGUCAAGUCUUCUGAACUGUCAGAACAACGGAACCGAUAGUCCCGAGAAAUCAGGGAAAAUGGCAUCCAUGAAUAUGAACAUUGGAAGUACUAGCAAUAAUGGUGACAUAAGUUUCAGCACCAUGAAGAACAAUUCAUCACAGAAGAAAUACAUAGCCAAUGUUGCAGAUGGUAUGGUAGACAACCCAGGUUAUAAGAACAUGUGUAGUGGCCAAAUGAACACAAACAGCAAUGCUGGAAGCCAUAACAUGAUUACGAACAGGAAUGUGCAGUUGAGCGGAAUGACAAAUUACAACAUGAACCACGGGGUAAUAACUACAAACCUAAACAUGUGUGGAUCUAUGAAUAUUGGGAAAGUGAAAGACCUAAAGAACCUCAAUACAGUGUGCAAGGGAAAGGAAGGGAUUCCAAAAAAUAUAGAAUUGGAUGUGGAUGAUUACAAGCACGUAAAUAAAGUGCUAAAUGCAAAUAAUAACAUAUUAAACAUGAAAAUGGGUGGAGAAAAAAAUGUACUUGAUUUUUGCAACAAUGAUAGAAGUGCUAAUAGCAUGGGUAAUAACAUAAACCAUACACCCAACAAGGAGCAGCAUUAUGCACAUAAAAUGAACACAUACAAUGAUAUCAACAGUGGAGGAGGAGGAGGAGGUACCUGUGAUUCCAAUUUACUUGCGUUAAUCAACAUGAAAAAAAAUAACAAGAGUGGUGCUGCUGCUGGUGUUGCUGGCUGUGCUACUGGUUCUGCAGGCGGUGCUACUGGUGCCUCUACCUUGAUGAAUCAGCAGAAGAAUUUUGGAAAUAUCAACAGUGUGAAUGAGCCAAAUGGACUUAGGAACAGCAGUUAUAAAAAGCUAGUGGAUAAUGAAAAGAUUAACAUGUAUAACAAUUCUGUGAGUAAGAAUGUCGUGAAUGAAAUGAACCUGAAAUAUUUGGAAGUGUUAAACAGCCAAUUAAAUAUUGCUACAAGAGAAAACAGAAAAAAUGACUGUGACUCAAAUGUUAUGAACAAAAGCAUGCGAAUUUUCCAAAAUGAUCUUGAUAAAAAACACAAAAAUCCUCUAAUCAAUUUGUGUGAGAAGGGGGGAAACAUAAAGAAGUUAUAA